UUAAGUAGAAACCACUUGAUUGUCUGUCAGGUAGAUCAUGGUAACGCAAAUCUGAACGACAGUCCCUACACAGAGGUGUUUUCCGUGUUGUGUGAAUGCAGCCGUUCUCGCUGAAGUGGAACACUCCACAGCGAUGCAUGCGAAGUCUCUGUUACGGACCUUUUCGUUGCUUUUGCCUCCAGCCAAACCCAGCUUUGUUAUCCAGCCCCAGAGCACGGAAGUGCUGGUUGGCCAGAGCGUGACUUUGGAAUGCGGGGUGUCUGGACACCCCACGCCGCGCGUCGUCUGGAUGCUGCGCUCGGGAUCUCCACUGCCCCAGGAUGCCCGCUUCACCAUCACCAGCUCUGGGGGCCUCUUCAUCCAAAAUGUCACCUUCUCAGACCAGGGGCAGUACAGCUGCAACGCCAGCAACAGUGAGGGGUCCAUCCAAGCGACAGCGAACCUCCUGGUACAAGACACCCCGAGGUUUUUGGUCAUCCCGACUGACCAGAGUGUGACGGAGGGCCAGAGUGUCGAUUUCCCUUGCUCCGCGGAAGGCCACCCUCUGCCUGUUAUUGCCUGGACCAGAGCAGGUGGACCGCUGCCGAGUGACCGGAGGCACAGUGUCCUCUCCACGGGCACCCUGCGGGUGGUCCAGGUGGCCCUUCAUGACCAAGGCCCGUACGAGUGCCACGCCAUCAGCGUGAUUGGGGUCCGGAGCGUCCCUGUGCAGCUCUGGGUGACUCCGCGAGUGAUUCCGGUGUUCCUUCACCCUCCCCAAGAUGUGGUUGCCGAAACCGGCCAGGACAUCGAGAUUGUCUGUGCUGCCCAAGGGGAUCCCCGGCCGACCAUCAUGUGGGCCAAGGAAGGGAUUCAGAUCACGGAGAGUGGAAAGUUUCAUAUCAGCCCGGAGGGAACCCUCUCUGUCAGAGAUCUGGGUCUGGCAGAUCAAGGAAGAUACGAGUGCAUAGCCAGGAAUACCUUUGGCUUCACUUCCAGCACCAUGCAGCUGACAGUCAUCGCGACUGAUGUCGGCAGGACCGGCGACACGUUCGUGGCCACCUCGAUCCAGGAAGCCAUCAGCAGUGUGGACCACGCGAUCAAUUCCACACGGACCGAACUGUUUAGCAAGCGACCCAAAACGCCAAAUGAACUGCUGGCCCUUUUCCGUUACCCGCGGGAUCCGUACACUAUUGAGACUGCCCGGGCUGGAGAAAUCUUUGAAAGAACCUUGCAGCUCAUUCAGGAGCAUGUGCAGCAGGGACUGGUUGUGGACAUGAACGGAACAGGCUACCGCUACAACGACCUGGUCUCCCCUCACUACCUGAACAUGAUCGCCAACCUGUCCGGCUGUUCCGCCCACCGGCGCACGCCCAACUGCUCCAAUAUCUGCUUUCACAAGAAGUACCGGACCCACGACGGCUCCUGCAACAACCUCCAGCACCCCAUGUGGGGAGCGUCCCUGACCGCGUUCCAGCGCCUGCUCAAGCCAGCCUACCAGAACGGCUUCAACCUACCCAGAGGCUUCUCCUUGGUGGAGGAGUCCCGCGGGCUCCCGCUCCCGCUGCCGCGCCUGGUCUCGACCGCCAUGAUCGGCACGGAGACCGUCACGCCGGACGGCCAGUUCACGCACAUGCUGAUGCAGUGGGGGCAGUUUCUGGACCACGACCUGGACCAGACGGUGGCUGCCAUCAGCAUGGCUCGGUUCUCCGACGGAGAGCCCUGCAGCAAGGUGUGCACCAGUGACCCGCCCUGCUUCUCCAUCCUCAUCCCGGAGAACGACCCGCGGGUCAGGAAUGGCCGCUGCAUGUUCUUCGUCCGCUCCAGCCCGGUGUGCGGCAGCGGCAUGACCUCGCUGCUGAUGAACUCCGUCUACGCCCGGGAGCAGAUCAACCACCUCACCUCCUUCAUCGACGGCUCCAACGUCUACGGAAGCACCGAGCACGAGUCCCUGGAACUGCGGGACCUCAGCAACCAGCGGGGGCUCCUCAAGCAGGGCCAGCUGGUUCCGAGCUCGGGAAAAGCCCUCCUUCCGUUCGCCGUGGGGCCUCCCACGGAAUGCAUGCGGGACGAGAGCGAGAGCCCCGUGCCGUGCUUCCUGGCGGGCGACCACCGCGCCAAUGAGCAGCUGGGCCUGACCGCCAUGCACACCCUGUGGUUCCGCGAGCAUAACCGGGUGGCCACCAAGCUUCUGGCCCUGAAUCCUCACUGGGACGGGGACACGGUCUACCACGAGGCCCGCAAGGUCGUGUGGGCCCAGAUGCAGCACGUCACCUACGCCCACUGGCUGCCCAAGAUACUGGGGGAGGCUGGGAUGAAGGUCUUGGGAGAGUACAGAGGCUACGAGCCCAACACGAACGCCGGCAUCCUGAACGUCUUCGCCACGGCGGCCUUCCGCUUCGGCCACACCCUGAUCCACCCGCUGCUCUACCGGCUCAACGCGACCUUCCGGCCCAUCCCGCAAGGCCACGUCCCACUUCAUAAGGCCUUCUUCUCCCCGUUCAGGAUUCUCCAGGAGGGGGGCAUCGAUCCCCUUCUCCGGGGACUCUUUGGGGUCCCUGGGAAAAUGCGGAUCCCUUCAGAACUCUUGAACAUGGAACUGACGGAGAAGCUCUUCUCCAUGGUGCAUUCGGUCUCGCUGGACCUGGCGGCCAUCAACAUCCAGAGAGGGCGUGAUCACGGAAUCCCCCCGUACAAUGAUUUCCGGGUCUUCUGCAAUCUUACUUCUGCUCAGGAGUUUGAUGACCUCAAGAACGAGAUUAAAAACCUGGAGAUCAGAGAAAAGCUUCGGAGUUUGUAUGGAAUUACGAAGAAUAUCGACCUCUUCCCUGCUCUGAUGGUGGAAGAUCUUGUUCCCGGGACCAGGGUGGGGCCGACGCUCAUGUGCUUAUUGACAACCCAGUUUAGAAGACUUCGGGAUGGAGACAGGUUCUGGUAUGAGAACCCAGGUGUGUUCUCCCCAGCCCAGCUCACGCAGAUCAGGCAGGCGUCCCUCGCCCGCAUCAUCUGCGACAACAGUGACCACAUCCGGCAGCUCCAGCGGGAUGUCUUCCGGGUGGCCUCCUACCCCCAGGGCAUGGUCAGCUGCGACGAGAUCCCAGAAGUGGAUCUGCGCAUGUGGCAAGAUUGCUGCGAAGAUUGCAGGACAAAGGGCCAGUUCCGGGCUCUCUCGCAACAGUUCCGAAGCAGGAGGUCUUCUGGCUUCAGCUACCCGGAAGAAAACCCUUCCAGAGACAAGCCCCGGAUGGAGGGACCGGCUCAGAACCACCCCCCAGAAGAGGAUCUCGGGGCUUUAGUAGAUGAACUUGAGAAAACCAUCUCCUCUCUUCGGAAACAGGUCAGUGGCUUGGAAGGGCGGCUGCGAAAGCAUCGGAGGAGCAUCGGCGCCAGGCCUGGCCGGCAGCAGAACAGUGGAGCAAAGUGGAGGGAGAGAUGACCUGUGCUCCACGGUGCUCAUGCUGUUCCACUCACUGUUUCCCACCCCCCAAACCCUGCAUCACAGCUGGGGCUCCAUCAAACCCCGCACUGGCCUUCCCAAGGCCACUGGGAUUCUCCAGGCUCCUCGUUCACUGCACUGAUAGACCACAAACCUCUCGGAGUCCUAGCUUUCCUCUCGCCUCAUCAAGGAGCAACUCACUCAGACAUCCCCCUGCCCUGCCUUCGGCUCCACCGGAGGGGCCUUUCCUGGCACAGCACUUCGCGCCCGCUGCACUCGCCCAGGAAUGGUGGGUGCUGCUUUAGAAUAAAGUUUCCCUCCCGUGGGCCUUCUUUCCAUUUUUGCAAACCACCCUGGCCCAGCUCCCCCUUGUGCAGACACUGUUGGGAGACACCAUCCCCGGAAGCCGACUCCCCCCCACCCCGCAAGGCUCAAGCAAAGCCAACACCUGGUGCGUCAACAGAACGUCCGUGUCGCCAAGCAAUCGAUUCGAGGGAAUGACUGACAGGCGUGCAAAAAUUAGCGAGCCGCGGCACACGAGGAGGAAGGGCAGAGCUGUUGGAAACGGCCCCUGUCAUACCUGGUGAGCAUUUGCCUGAGCUGAAGAACACGGCCGGAAAUUGAGCGUGACUGCACAUUCCCUGGGGCUGCCUUGUCAGUCCACCUGAAGCUGUGGCGGCCUUUGGAACCGAGCACCUGGCUGGGUGGAACCUCUCUGCCCUACCUUGUGCUAGAAGUGACCUUGCUUCUCUCUGGGGCUGUGUUCCUCCAGCUCCUUCUGCUCUUUCCUUGAGAGACAUUGCCAAACAUCUUCAUUUGGAGCAGAUUUUAUUAUACGGAUGCAGAGAAGACAAUGCCAGCCAGAGCAAGCCACCGGGUAAAAAACAAGGUCCAGUUAAAGAAGCUUCUCUCUAGUGCUUUUUGGACCAUCCAGUCAUGGCCUGCUAACAGAUGAGAGAGGAUCAGGAGACAGAAAGCACUCGGAAGCAAGGAGAGGGGUUUUUUCAUGCCAAGUUGUUCCCAUUUCUGCAGCAACAAGCCACCUUCUUACCACACUAAUGACCUGAGAGUUCGUACAUGUGCAGGUUCAUGCAAAGCUGAUGCUUACACUACAGUAUUAGACCAGUUGUGGUGUACCACAAGGAACCCUGGGAACUGUAGUUCUACAAGAUGGCUAGGACUCUCUAAGCACCCCUGAAAAUUAGUUUCUUUGGCAUCUGGGGAGAAGGCACAACCAGCGCUGAUCAUAGUGCCUCAAAAGAAUGUGUGUUCCAAGUUGGCCCGGAGAUAAUUCCAUGGGUCUGUAUCUGAAGUAGGGAUGUUGGUGGAAUCCAGGAAGGAGUCGAAUGAUUUUAGGACUGUGUCCCAUGGAUUCUGCAGUGAACUAGAUUUUUCUGAGUUGCACAGAUUCUGUGGAUUUAAAGAUUUUUUUUACUUUUCAUAAGUUGUUGUAAACAAAUGCAAACAUAUAUUUAAAAGGUCCUGUCAUCCUUAGGCUAAAACAUGAAAAUGCGCAUGGGAGGAUUUGCAUAAGCAUGUUCUGGAAGCUAGAGGCGAGUGGAUCUCUUCGAUGAAUGGGUGAAAGAAUGAAAGGUGCCUGGCAAUCCGCAGAUUGCAAAUGGUACAACUUUAACUGUAUCUGUCCAUCAGUACUUUGGUGCUCCAGCCAGUGUUUGGUUCAACAGUUCAGGCCAGAAAUGCACACGCCGGUUUUGAGUCUGAUCUGUGGUGCUUUUUCUACUUUGAGGUGCUUUUUAAAGAAUAAAACAAUGGUGCUACACUA